AUGGCAAAUUCAAUUGCAAACUCCGCACAAACACUACCUCGAUUUCUUCUCCCUAGAUUGAGCUGGCAAGCUCGAUCUUCUUUACCCCCGCAUACUGUUCGAGCAUUCAGCGCAGCAGCAAACAAUAAUGGGAAGUCUAUAGGACCCGCCUCUGGAAGGCAGGCAUCAAAUGGAGCACGAUCAAUGGGAAAUGGAAACAAACCUAGAACUAGCAUAUUACAAGAGCCAUUAUAUCGAAGAGCAUUCCACGCAACACCCCGACAGUCUAGGGACCACCAUUUUGAUACCCUAAAGUUCGUCCAAAGAUUACAGGAUGAGGGAUUCACAGAAACUCAAGCUGUAGCUAUGAUGAAAGUACUAAGCGAUGUUAUUGAAGAAAGUAUACAAAACCUAACUCGCACAAUGGUUCUUCGGGAAGAUGCAGCUCGCGCUACCUACACCCAAAAAGUUGAUUUCGCGGCGCUCCGUAGCGAGCUCCUCUCAGCAGAUUCUACAGAAUCAUCCACAACCCGCGCUUCACAUGAGAGACUCACCAAUGAUCUCGCUAAACUCAAUGCUCGUCUCCGCGACGAGGUUUCCCGAACACAGGCUUCCGUUCGAUUGGAUUUAAAUUUGGAGAAAGGAAGGAUAAGAGAGGAAGCCAAUGUUCAGGAUCUUAAGAUCAAGGAAACCGAAACGAAGAUUGAGCAGGAGGUUGCUGGGUUGAGGGAGAAGUUGGAGGGUGUUAAGUUUCAGACUUUGCAGUGGUUAAUGGGUGUUUGUACGGGUACGGCGGCGUUGAUUUUGGGUGCUUGGAGAUUGUUGAUGUAG